UUACAAGAACUUAACAGAGAGAAGAGACUCAUUCGAUUCUCGCUUUCCUUCUGUCUCCUUCCCAAUGCCAUCACUAAUGAUGCGAGCCUGUUACUGCCUGGGAUGACCGCGCUUCCUUCUCUCCUCAAGAAGAGGGCUCUCAUAUUGGUUGGAGAUUUCCUGCAAGCCUGCCAGAGACCCGAUAACGAUGGUGAUUCCUGGAACGCAUCAGCAUCAACGACGAUGACGAUUCUCUCCCCUGUCAAGUCAUUCGAAGGCUCUUCAGAAACCGGUGAGAUCCAUCCAGCAGAAUCUAACAACUCCCUGAAUCAGAGUGUUUCUGAUAUCCAAGCUCUGCCAUCUCCCAGGUCAUUUGUGUCAUUUGAUGAGGCACCAUUUGGUGGUCUAACAAUAUGUUUUCUGUCUUGUCCUCAGACAACUCCACCUGUUGACACAUUUACUUCCCUGGUACAUCCUGACUGGGAAAGGGCAGGGUUGAAAAAAGUGAGAACCUCAAUUCCUCACUACUUUCCAAGAAUGCCAGAGGAUAAGAUUGAAGCAUUGAAGAUGUUCUCCCUCGAAAAACUUCAACUGGAAGCCACUGGACAUUUGGACUCUCGUGGAACACAAGAGGACAUUGACCACACCAAGAAUGAUUCUAACCGUGCUGAACUUCCUAUGGGGCAUGGAGAACCAGUUGCUCAGACCUCUGGAGCAGCCUAUCAUCGGUUCGUUGGGAAGCCGCAGGCAGGGGCAUUUAGUGGGACUGAAGAUCUCCAGCCAGGAAUGCUCGCAGCCAUCUAUACAUAUGAUGAAGUAUCCUGUCCUUGGUUCGGAGAGGUUCAGGCAAUAGAAGAUGGCGAUACAGUGAAGAUCCACUGGUAUAUGGGAGGCUAUCCCAAAUCGUGGAAGCCCAUGUCAGGAACCAACAGCACGUCAUCUGUUCAUCGUGAAUCCCUUCUAUUAUGGGGGUUUACACUCACUGAGAAAAGUCAGCGACUGACUAGAGAAACAGCUGCAGAACUGAAGUGGCUCUAUCAAGAAACAGAUGGCCGGAUGAAUAUCCAACAAGACCGCAUCUCAGAGGAAGUAUAGAUUUAAAUGUUUCAUGGAAAUAUCUGCUUAUGCACAAGGAAGGACAGUGAGGAGGCUCCCAAGGGACGAAGGAUUCUGUUAGAAAUUUUCUCCAGGAUGGAGGUGAGUCUAAUUCUUAGUCAGUCAUGUAUUAAACCCCCCUACCAAAUCUAACUGAAGCAUUGGAUCAUGGCUUUGUCUUUUCUCACCUCCAGGAAUUCCUGCCCCUUCGGAGAUCAGCAGAGGAUGCAUAAUGACUCUCUUCUAAUGCUUCUCAGCAGGGAUGCAUUCACCAUAUCGUGCUCUCCCAUGAACAUGAAGAAUAGCAUCUUCCAGAAGGUGAUUUCAUGGAUAUGGAAGGUGGAGCUUGCUUACACCCAGCUUUAAUCUUAUUCCUGGAAAAUGUGGAAGGUGGAUCACAUCUGAUCGUGCAUCACAUCUCAUCUGAACUUGCAAAAUGUCAAAGACUUAUGGAACAUUUUGAACUUGUUUCAAGAUAUUGCAGUGUGACUCAUAUACAUUUUUUGUUCUUCAUUCUGUAUGCAUCAUAUAAUACCUGGCAUUGAGUUUCAGUUUGUAGUGAAAAUCCUGUUUCCAGAAUGAAAUGCU